AUGGCAGGGAUUUCUUUCCUUGACAAGGACUUACUUUGUCCUCAAUGCUCUGAUAUUUAUUACCUUCCUGUUCUUCUAAAUUGUGGCCACAAUAUUUGCAGAGUUUGUUUACAGAAAUUCUGGGAAUGUAAACGAUGCAGAGAAUGUCCUGUGUGUCGCGCUGUGUCCGUCCUUGGGAGGCCUCCUAUCAAUUUGGCGCUAAAGAUAGCUGCGGAAGCAUAUCAAGUGCAAAGAACCAGCAGGAAUCAAGACGUUUGUUUUCUUCACAAUGAGAAGCUAAAGAUUUUUUGUCAUAAUGAUCUGGAGCCCAUCUGUCUUGUUUGCCACACGUCAAAACAGCAUAAAGUUCAUGAGUGCAGCCCAUUGGAGGAGGCAGCCUCACAGAAAAAGACAGAAAUUUCAGCGAAGCUGGAGUGUCUGAGGAAAAAUCUCAGAACACUGAACAAGACCAAGGUUGACUGGGAGGAAACCAAAAACUAUAUACAGAGCCAAGCAUAUGAAAUUGAAGAAGCGAUUAAGGAGGAGUUUGAGAAGCUACACCAAUUCCUUUGGGAGGAGGAAAACAGUAGACUGAAGGUGCUCAAACAGGAAAAGGAAAUUAAGACACAGGUGAUGUGUGAGAAACUGGAAAACAUCAAGGACCAGAUCAAAACCCUCUCUUCCACCAUCAGUGAUAUUGAGGCAUAUCUCACAGCAAAUGACUUACCAUUUCUACAGGACUACAAGGAUAUGAAGAAAAGGGCCAAAUGCACUAUUCGAGAGCCAGAAUGUAUCAGAGAUAUCCUGGUCAACUCCGCAAAGCAUCUUGGAUCACUUGGGUUUGAGAUUUGGAAGAAGAUGGCCAACAUCGUCACUUAUGUUCCCGUCACACUGGAUCCCAACACGGCCCAGUCCAACUUAAAGUUCUCCAAAGAGUUGACCAGUGUACAAUACAGCAGUAAGCAAGUCCUACCUGACAACCCUGAGCGCUGCACCAGUCGUGUGUCUGUGCUGGGAGCGACAGGCUUCACAUCUGGGAAGCACAGCUGGACUGUGGAUGUGGGCCAGGGCAAAGAGUGGUGCAUCGGAGUAGCACAAGAGUCCAUCCAAAGGAAGAGUACCGUCUUCCUCAACCGGAAUGAGGGUUUCUGGGUGAUCGGCCUGUGCAAAGGGGACUCAUUCUGGGCUCAGACUUCGCCUCGCUCCAAGCUGGUGUUGAAGCAUAAGCCUGAGAAGAUAACGGUACAGCUGGACUACGACAAAGGAAAGGUGGUUUUCAUCAACGCUGCUGAUUCGACAACAAUACACUCAUUCAAAGACAGAUUUACUGAGAGGAUUUUUCCAUACUUCUCUCCUGGAUUGGAUGAAGAUUGGAAAAACUCCUUCCCACUGACAAUCUGUCCUCAGACAAUAACAGUGAAUGUGGAGUAGACUCACAUACAGCAGAAAUGUUUUUGAGUGUGUUAUAGCUGCUACAGGUGAUACAAAUAAGGAACAAGUUGCAUAGUUUCAAUACAUUUCAGGGAAUUUAGCAGCAAAUUGUAUAAAACCUUAAUGUAUACUAGGAAUGUUAAAAGGCAACAAACUGUAUAUUUGAUCAAAGGAGACGUUUUCAAACAUUUGUAUUGUUUAAUUCAAGUUUAAUUAAACUUUUUCAG